CUCACCAGUCCCUACCUCACAUACAGCUAGCGAGCACAAGCCUCCUAGCUCCCCCAGCCUUCCCUUGUUCAGCUACGACCACUCACUCAGCCAUGAUGAGCAGCGGCAGGAUGAAAGCGGCGGCCGGCGACGACUUACGGUUAGCAGCAAUGCAGCCGCCGCCCUACGUCGGCUUUGAGCUCGCCGCCAGCAUGAUGGCUGGUGGCGGAGGAGGAGGCCAGCGCCACGAGGGGGCGAUGAUACUCGACAACUUCCACUUCCCGGCGGCAGCGGCCGCCUUCAACCAGUUCCAGGAGGCGCCGCACCACCAGAUGCUGGCGCUGCCUUCCAACGGCAACGGCGGCGGUGGGCUGGUCCACAUGGCGCCGCCGCCCAUGUCCGGGAUGCAGCUGCAGAUGCCGCCGAUGGCCAUGCACGGUCACGGUGACGUGUGCCCGGCUCUUGGGAUGGUGAAGCGCGAGGGCGGCGCCGGGGACGCGGGGAGGAUAGACUUGAAUCACGGCCAGCGGACCUGCUUCCCCACCGGCGACAUGAUGGCGGUGGACCCGAUGCUCAUGCGGUCCCGUCUUGGCAGCGUGUUCGACCUGGGAUUCGGCCGCGUCCACCGCCAGCCGCCUCGGUGCCAGGUGGAGUACUGCAAGGCGGACCUCUCCGGCGCCAAGCACUACCACCGGCGCCACAAGGUGUGCGAGUACCACGCCAAGGCGGCGCUUGUCUCCGCCGCCGGCAAGCAGCAGCGCUUCUGCCAGCAAUGCAGCAGGUUCCACGUGAUCACGGAGUUCGACCAGACCAAGAGGAGCUGCAGGAAGAGGCUCGCAGAGCACAACCGUCGCCGGAGGAAACCGGUGGCCAGCGGCGCGGGGGCGGUGUCCAAGGACUUGGCCGUGCCUUCCAGGAAACAAAACGCCGGGGGCAUCUCCAGCUCCUACGCCGGCGACAAUAACACUUUGAGCGCAACCUACACGAGCGCGACCAGCUGCCUUCAGCAGGGCCAGGCCAGGCUAGCGGCGGCGAGGCAGAUGACGCUCACCCUGGGCGUGCCCCCGGAGAAGGACCGCCGCCAGCAGCAGCUCAGCAACUCCAUGCAGCUCCACCACCAUCAGGAGCAGCAACACUUCAUCACCUCCCUCUUGCAGAACAACAUCCGUAACAGCAACAUCCUGUCGUGUUCCUCGGUUAGCUCCAGCACGGUGCCAUUGGCGGUGGCGGCCAACGGCGAGGUCUCCGACCAGAACAACGACAACAACAACAAUGUCAGCAACAACGUCAACAGCGGCAUGCAUAUGUUUGAGGUGGACUUCAUGUAGAUGUUGGACCAACAUCAUGUCACGUUCGUCGGUGUGCUCCAGCACGAUGCCGUCCGCGGCGGUGGCCAACAGCCAGGUCUUCGACCAGCAAAACGACAACACCAAUGGCAGCAACCACGCCAACAACGGCAUCCAUAUGUUUGAGGUGGAAUUCAUGUAGAUGCUGAAUCUUGAGCAUUGUGCUUAACAUAAUUAUGAUCAAACCGCAGUUAGAACACCACAUUAGAUAGUUGCCGGAAGUGUUUUGUUUUCACCUGUUAUAGGACAGGUCCACUGCUUUGCUGUAUUGGGGCUAAACAGCAACAAAGCAAUGUACUCCCUCUGGUCAUUUUAGUCUG